AUGCGUCGUGCCACCUCGUUCGGUCGUUUGCUGGUCUACGGCAACCCCUCGUCGUCCGACCUAGCCCUCCUCCUCGUCGGCUUUAUCACUUCAAUUGCCUCUGGGAUUCCCUUUCCUAUUAUGUCGAUUGUUUUUGGACAGCUAGUGGAUGGACUCAACUCGUCAACGUGCAACGUCACCCCCUCCAACGCCGACUCCUACCAAGCGGGCAUCAAUGACAAAAUCCUGUUGAUCGUAUACAUUGGUAUCGCCUAUUUCGCUCUCAUCUACAUCUACGUCCUCUGUUGGAAUCUCUCCGGCGAGCGCCUAGCCCAGCGUCUGCGAGAGAAGUAUUUCAGCGCCAUCCUGCGCCAGGAUGCCGCGUUCUUCGACAACCUACCCGCAGGAGAGGUAUCCUCGCGGAUCACCGGAGAAAUCGCCGUCAUACAACAAGGCUCAUCAGAGAAAGUCGGAAUUGUGAUAAACAGUAUCGCAUUCUUCAUCACCGCAUACAUAGUAGCCUUCAUCAAGGACCCCAAACUGGCCGGCAUGCUGGUCUCCCUCACCCCAGCGUACCUGAUCAUGUCUAUUGGCGGAGGAUACUUCGUGCAGAAGUUUUUCGGACGCGCACUGGAGGGUAUGGCGAAGGCCUCAUCGGUCGCGCUGGAGGCAUUCUCAAAUACAAUGGUUGUGCAAGCCUUUUCGGCAAACGCCCGGUUGGAGGAGAAAUUUGUUGAAGUCUUGCAUCCUGCAUUGUCGGCCGGCGUUUGGAAAUCGAUCGCUGCUGCCACUCAGGCGGGUCUUUUAUACUUCAUUGCCUUUUCGGCCAAUGGUCUGGCUUUCUGGCAAGGGUCGCGACAAAUCGCAGACGCUGUAGAGUCUGGAGGCGACGGCAUAACGGUGGGGAACACAUUCACAGUUAUUCUCAUCCUUGUGGAUGCGUCUUUGAUUCUCAGUCAGGCUGCCCCGUUUUUGCAAAGCUUCGACGCCGCGGCCGUAGCCUUCGGCAAGCUGGAAGCCGACAUCGAUCACCCGACUACCAUCGACGGUACCACUGAAGAUACCGGUCGUGUGCUGCCAGAGGUUACGGGAAAUGUGGAAUUACGGAACGUCUCAUUCAAGUUUCCGUCCCGACCGGACAAGCCCGUGCUCCAGGACCUCUCUUUGAGCUGCCCAGCCGGUCAACAGACAGCUAUUGUCGGACUGUCAGGCAGUGGAAAGUCCACCGUCGCCGGGUUGAUCACCCGAUUCUACAAUGUGGAUGAGGGCGCGGUACUGUUAGAUGGCCACGAUGUCAAGGAUCUCAAUGUGAGAUCUGUCCGUAGCCAUAUAAGUCUCGUACAACAGGAACCAUGUCUCUUGGACCGGUCCAUCCUUGAAAACAUCGCGCUGGGCCUCAUCAACUCUCCUAGACACGAUCACCUGCAUUCGAUUCUGAUGGGUAGUGUUCUCGCGGAUGUCGCGGCAGCAGUGCGAGACGGGAAAGAUCUAGUGUUGGCUUCUCUGGAGCAUGGGGAUGGCGCACGAGAAAUUGUGGAAUUAGUCCUGCACGCUGCCCUGUUGGCCGAUGCGAAUGGUUUCAUUGAGCGUUUGAAAGAAGGCUUUGGAACACAAGUUGGGUCUAAGGGCAAUCUCAUCAGCGGUGGACAAAAGCAACGCAUCUCCUUGGCGCGCGCUCUGGUGAAAGAUCCGCGUAUCCUGAUCCUGGAUGAAGCCACGGCAUCCCUCGACUCGGCGACCGAGGCGCGUAUCCAAGAGGCUCUAGAUAACGUGGCGAUCGGCCGGACUGUGAUUACUAUUGCCCAUCGUCUGUCGACUAUCAGGAAUGCCGACAAUAUUAUCGUUAUGCGCCAAGGGAAGCUGGUGGAGCAAGGAACCCACCAGCAACUGCUAGAAGCCAACGGUGCCUAUGCUGAGUUGGUCCGUCUCCAGAACCUCAACGUUCACGGCGGCCAAGAUGACGAGGAGACGGAGGUGAGCUCCGCUCGUUCUGGUUCCUUGGUGCCAAUCGUUAGUGAGAAGACCGGAGCUCUUGAGACUUCUGUGACCGAUGCCAUUGACGAAGAAAAGACUAAGCCUGCAAAGACUGCGGAGCCAGAGAGUGCGAUCGAGGAAAAGCGAAGCUUUGGAUCAACCGUAGGCUCCAUGGGCUCCCUUUUCCGACCGUACACAUUCGUGCUGAUCCUGGCGAUCGCUGGGGCUGUGAUCAUCGGCGGCACUUAUUGCGGAUCGUCGGUGAUCUUCGGCAACGUCGUGGGCAAGCUUAGUGGCUGCGAGGAGCCUGACUCCAUUCGUCAUGCUGGAGAGCUGUUUGGACUUAUGUUCUUUGUGCUGGCCAUUGUCGAAUUCCUUGCUAACUUCCUUAGCUGGUCGCUCUUUGGCUGGGUGGCUGAGCAAGUCAUUUACAAAGUGCGCAUACUAUCGUUGCGGUCUAUUCUCGAGCAGGAUUUGGCAUGGCACGAGUCAGCAAAUCGAAACCCAUCACUACUGCUGUCGUUCAUUACAAAGGAUAGCAGUGCCCUGGGUGGUCUAACAGGCUCUGUGGUCUGCACUAUCCUUUCGGUUCUGGUUAGUCUCGUCGCGACUAUUACUAUGACACACAUUAUUGCUUGGAAGAUUGCUCUAGUAUGUCUAUCCGUGAUCCCACUGUUGCUGGGUGCCGGCUACAUGCGAGUCACCACGCUGGCUAGUUUCGAGGAGCGACACCUAGAGGCCUUUGCAAACUCCGUGGGUAUCACCGUUGAGGCCGUCAACUCAAUCAAAACCAUCAUGUCGCUGUCCCUGGAACAUGAAGUGCUUGGCACAUACCGUCGAUCACUCUCGGCCCCAAUGCGCCAGAUCACUCGACAAAGCGCUUGGGCGAAUUUAUGGCUUGCCGUCGGGUACGGACUGAGUAACUUUCUAUAUGCACUGGCGUACUGGUGGGGAUCAAAGAGGAUUAUCGCGGGUGAAUACACUCAAACGCAGUUCUUCAUCGUGCAGCUAGCACUGCUCGUCAGCUCUCAACUGUGGGGACAGAUGUUCGCCCUCGCACCCGAUGUCUCACGCGCAUUCCAGGCCACACGGAGACUAUUGAAUCUGCUCGACUUGGGGUCGACAAAGAAGCUAUCUGCACCACUUCAGCUACUGGGGGAUGUCGAAGCCACGGCACCUCCCCGCGAGAAGAGAUCCUCUUCUGAGUCCCGUGACGGCAUCAGUGUUGUAUUCAAGCAAGUUCGCUUCUCGUACCCUGCACGGCCGGACACCCGAGUGCUACACGGUCUGGACUUGAGCGUUCAACCAGGACAGUUCGCCGCACUCGUAGGACCCAGCGGCGCAGGCAAGUCCACAAUAAUCUCACUCGUCGAGCGACUAUACGGACCUGACUCAGGAACCAUCGAAGUCGACGGCCACAACAUCGCCUACAGCGACGGCUCAUUCCGGGAUGAUAUUGCCUAUGUUCCUCAACAGAGUGUGCUGUUCGAGGGCACGAUCCGAUUCAAUCUGACCCUAGGCGCCAGACCAGGCCAAACAGUCAGCCAGUCUGAACUAGAGGAGGCAUGUAAACUGGCCAACAUCCAUGACACGAUCAUGCAGCUGCCAGAUGGAUAUGAUGCCUACUGUGGGCCAAACGGCGACCGGCUUUCUGGAGGUCAGAAACAGCGAUUGGCGAUUGCGCGCGCGCUCAUCCGCAAGCCUAAGCUUCUGCUGCUGGAUGAGUCGACCAGUGCGCUUGAUGCAGAGUCGGAGAGAUUGCUGCAGGAUGGGCUUGAGAAGGCCACGAAGCAUAUGACCGUUAUUGCGAUUGCACAUCGACUGUAUACUAUCCGCAAGGCGGAUGUGAUCUUCUUGAUUGAGGAUGGUCGGUGUGUUGACCGAGGAACUCAUGCACAGCUGAUCGAGCGCAGCGAGAGUUAUCGUGUGAAUGCUCUAAACCAGGCUGUGGAUGGCUGA